UGGUGGGGCGGGGCAUCUCUGUGACGCCUAGGGUUGGGCCUAAAUGGCGAAACCCGUGCGGCUCACGGGGGGGUUUGAACUGGCCAAUGGGCGAGCUGCCGACGGGGUGUCGGAAAAGGAGGCGGAAGCGGGGAGGAGUCGCCGCUGGAGCUGGACUGCAUCCGCCGCGGCGUCUCCAUGGCACGACCCUGGCCUCCGACUUCAACGACUUCAUAAGGAGGCGUUUCUGGGCGCAGCCGUGUCGCUCCUGGACAGUUGCUGUGCGACUCAGAACAGUAGAGGAGCACCUCCCAAGUUUUCAUCCAACUUCCACUCCCAAAGCUUCCACCCUACUCCCCUCAAAGAGGACGUUUGAUGCCGGGCCCCUGAGAUUCUCAUUGACAAGCCCCUCUGGGUCCCCCUGAGCAGAGGCUGCUGACCCAAUUGCCCACCUUUGCGGCUUUGAUGCCUAGCCAUGUCUGCCUCAUCCUCAGGCGGCUCCCCCAGGUUUCCAUCGUGUGGGAAGAACGGAAUAACAAGUCUCACACAGAGAAAGGUCUUGAGAACACCUUGUGGAGCACCCAGUGUAACUGUGACGAAAUCUCAUAAGCGCGGAAUGAAAGGGGACACCGUGAAUGUGCGACGGAGUGUCCGGGUGAAAACCAAGGUACCUUGGAUGCCCCCUGGAAAAUCAUCUGCCCGGCAUGUGGGAUGCAAGUGGGAGAAUCCACCUCAUUGCUUGGAGAUCACACCACCAUCUUCUGAAAAAUUGGUCUCAGUGAUGCGGCUAAGUGACCUCUCUACAGAAGAUGACGACUCAGGUCACUGUAAAAUGAACCGUUAUGAUAAGAAAAUUGACAGUUUAAUGAAUGCGGUUGGUUGUCUCAAAUCUGAGGUCAAGAUGCAGAAGGGUGAGCGCCAGAUGGCCAAGAGGUUCCUUGAAGAGCGGAAGGAGGAGCUAGAGGAGGUGGCCCAUGAACUGGCAGAGACUGAGCAUGAGAACACGGUCCUCAGGCACAACAUUGAGCGCAUCAAGGAGGAGAAGGACUUCACCAUGCUUCAGAAGAAACACCUCCAGCAGGAGAAGGAGUGCCUCAUGUCCAAGCUGGUGGAGGCUGAAAUGGAUGGAGCUGCUGCCGCUAAACAAGUCAUGGCAUUGAAGGACACCAUCGGGAAGUUGAAAACGGAGAAACAAAUGACCUGCACGGACAUCAACACCUUGACGAGGCAGAAGGAACUUCUCCUGCAGAAGCUGAGCACAUUUGAGGAGACCAACCGCACCCUCCGAGACCUGCUAAAGGAACAGCAUAACAAAGAGGAUUCUGAAAGGCUAAUGGAGCAACAAGGAACCCUGCUAAAACGACUGGCAGAGGCUGACUCCGAGAAAGCGCGCCUGCUGUUACUACUGCAAGACAAGGACAAGGAAGUAGAAGAGCUGCUUCAGGAAAUUCAAUGUGAGAAGGCUCAAGCGAAGACAGCGUCUGAGCUUUCUAAGUCCAUGGAGUCUAUGCGUGGACAUCUACAGGCUCAGCUUCGCUGCAAAGAGGCUGAGAACAGUCGCUUAUGCAUGCAGAUCAAGAAUCUGGAGCGCAGUGGGAACCAGCAUAAGGCAGAAGUGGAGGCCAUCAUGGAGCAGCUUAAGGAACUGAAGCAGAAGGGAGACCGAGACAAAGAGACCUUGAAGAAGGCCAUUCGAACUCAAAAGGAGCGAGCCGAGAAGAGUGAGGAGUAUGCCGAGCACCUGCAUGUGCAACUUGCAGACAAGGAUCUUUAUGUUGCUGAAGCUUUGUCCACUCUGGAAUCAUGGCGGAGUCGCUACAACCAAGUUGUGAAAGACAAAGGAGACCUUGAGCUGGAAAUUAUCGUCUUGAAUGACCGAGUGACAGAUCUGGUAAACCAACAACAAACCUUGGAGGAGAAAAUGCGUGAAGACCGGGACAGCCUGGUGGAGAGAUUACACCGUCAGACGGCUGAAUAUUCUGCAUUCAAGCUGGAGAACGAGAGGCUGAAGGCCAGCUUCACCCCGAUGGAGGACAAACUCAAUCAGGCGCACCUUGAGGUCCAACAGCUGAAGGCAUCAGUUAAGAAUUAUGAGGGGAUGAUUGACAACUAUAAGAGUCAGGUAAUGAAGACCAGAUUAGAGGCUGAUGAAGUGGCUGCCCAGCUGGAACGCUGUGACAAAGAGAACAAGAUCCUUAAGGAUGAGAUGAACAAAGAGAUUGAAGCGGCUCGUCGGCAGUUCCAGUCCCAGCUGGCUGACCUACAGCAGCUGCCUGACAUCCUCAAGAUCACAGAGGCUAAGCUAGCUGAAUGCCAGGACCAACUGCAGGGCUAUGAGAGGAAGAAUGUUGACCUCACAGCCAUCAUAUCAGACCUGCGCAGCCGGAUCGAACACCAGGGGGACAAGCUGGAGAUGGCGAGAGAGAAACAUCAGGCUUCCCAGAAGCAAAAUAAACAGCUGAGUCUGAAGGUGGAUGAACUGGAGAGGAAACUGGAGGCGACCAGUGCCCAGAACAUAGAGUUCCUACAGGUGAUUGCCAAGAGGGAGGAGGCCAUCCAUCAGUCCCAACUGCGGCUGGAAGAGAAAACCCGAGAGUGUGGGACCUUGGCAAGGCAAUUGGAGAGCGCUAUUGAAGAUGCUAGAAGGCAGGUGGAGCAAACCAAGGAGCAUGCAGUCUCCAAGGAGCGAGCAGCCCAGAAUAAAAUCCUGGAUCUUGAGACCCAGCUAAGCAGGACCAAAACAGAACUCAGUCAGCUGCGGCGGAGCCGUGAUGAUUCAGACCGUCGCUACCAGAGCCGGCUGCAAGACCUGAAAGAUCGCUUGGAGCAGUCAGAGAGUACCAAUCGAAGCAUGCAGAACUAUGUCCAGUUCCUCAAGUCAUCGUACGCCAACGUGUUUGGCGAUGGUCCCUACAGUACCUGCCUGACCAGUUCUCCCAUCCGAUCCAGAUCUCCUCCUGCCUGAGGCCAGGAGUCCUGAUUGUUAUCAUGGAAACUAUGGAGUUGCCAAGCCACACCUGGAAAACCUGUUGGUUUUCCACUGUCUUCGGGUGAUGAAAUGUGGUUAGGGAAUUGUCCUUAGCUACUGGCUCCAGAAAAGCCCCUAACGUAGCAUGGGGAUGAAGUGGUUCUUCAUGAUACCACUUGGUUCUCUUCUCCCUGAU